GCUGCGGUGGCUGCGCGGCCCGGGGCGCCAUGGGCGAGCUCCCGUUCUUCAGGGCGCACACAGCCUUGCACCCGGACCACCUGUGGAUCUGGGAGAGGUCCGUGUACGUGGACGAGAACCAGCGCACCUGGCUGCCCAUUACCAUCGAGACGGAGAGUAGCCUCCAGGUCCUCAUGCGUCAGGAGAACGUGUCCCUGGGGGAGGCCGUGUGCCCCAGCCUGCUGGCCCCAUGCCCUCUGCCUUCCAUGUGGCAGCUCUACCCGGGAAGAAGAUACCGAGGCUCAGACUCGAGUUUCUGGCGCAUAGUGUACCACAUCGAGUUCAGUGGCAAGGAGGACAUGCUCCUGGAGCAGCUGCCAGACCCAGAGGUCCGAGUGCUGCUGGCCUUCGUGGGGACGUUCAUGCUUGCGAUCACCUGCGUUUCCCGGGCCUGCGUGUUCUGUGCUGCCACUCCCCAGUCCAGGAGGGAGCAAGGGGCCAAGGACAGCCCUCCCCAGGGGCUGUAG